GCGCAUCUCGUCGCGUCGGUCGGCGCGCUCUUCGCGCUGGAUAAAGGACUCGAGAACGGGCUGAAAGCCGCGGGCGUGAGCUUUCCGAGCGCGCUUAUCGGCAUGUUCGGGGCGCUGGUGAUUUUGAUGGUGACGGAGAAACUCGUCGGCGAGGACGCAGCUAAUAAACUGAAGAGCACGGUGAGUCCAGCGCUGAAUUGGAUUACGUCGUGGUUGCCGGUGUUUUACGUGCCGAGCCUGGUUGUGACGCCGUUGGUGCUGACGAAAAUCGCGCCGAGCGCCAUCGCGAAAGUUUUAGUGAUCGUCGUCGUGGGGUUCGUGAGUACGAUCGCUUUCAGUGCCACGAGCGCGAACGCGAUUCGUGGCAUGACUGGGACGACACUUUUGCCGGUGGCGCCCGCGAAGGCGGCGCCGCCGACGGAGGAUUACGUCUACAAAAUGUGGGGUGGAAUUUUGGCCGUCUCCACCGUCGCUGCUCUCGCGACGGGCGCGAAUUCGGCGAAAGUGGUGACAAUGCUCGCCGCCACGGUGUGUUCAUUUCUUGUCGGCAACAGUCCCGAUGUUAAGGCGAAGAUGAACCCGAUUGUGACGACAUCGGUUUUGGCCAACGUAUACGCGGCAGCGCUCGGUCUCGUGACGGGUGACGGGUGGAUGGGUAUGCUCGGUCUUUAUCGCACCGGGGUUCCGUUUGGACUGAACAACAUCGCCGGUCUCGGCGCUGGCGAUAUCUUGAUGACUUUCCUGGGGAGUGUCAUCUUGAGCUUUGCGUUCAAGGUGUUUGAGGCGCGGAAAAUCAUCGCUCGACACGCCGUCGAAAUUUUCGGAUGCCUCGUCUCUACGUCCAUGUUUGCCAUGUUUACCACCGCAGUCGCGGGUAAAUAUCUCGGAUUGUCGUCUGCGCUCACUGCCGCGCUCGUUCCGCGGUCGGUGACCGUGGCGCUGGCAAUUCCGGUCACGACGCUUUUGGGACAUCCGGAGAUGGUGAGCGUCACCGCAGCAGGCGUCGUUCUCACCGGUCUCAUCGGUAGCUCUCUGUGCAUCCCAAUUCUCAACAAGGUUGGUGCGAAGGAUCCGAUCACCAGAGGUCUCGCUACGGCGGCUUCGGCGCACGGUUUAGGUACCGCCGCGCUCGUGGGUAGCGAGCCGAAUGCGUUGCCGUACUGCGCGCUCGCUUACGCGCUCAGCGGCAUCAUCUCCAGCGUCCUUGUCGCCGUGCCUUUCAUCCAAGCCGCGCUCAUCGGUAUCAUCGGU